AUGCAAUUGUCGUCCGCUGGCGUUACAGGGCCUCUUGUGAAAUAUGCCCAAUCCCUCGAGCAGACCAGCGUAGUUAGGCGCUUACAUAGCCACGUCCUGGACAAAUCCUUGUUCGCGAUUUGGGUUGUCUCCGCCUCGUUAAUUUCUCAAGUUUCUGCAGGUGCCAACUUCCUUCAGGCUCCACUCAAGUUCAUCAUCGGACUAUCUCCGUCUGUGUCCUACGCCCCCAAGCGCUCUUCUCCUCUGGAACUUCAAGAUCGUCAAUUCGAAAUUAUACCGUACUCGUCAUCUGACCACGGCGCUCAGACAACCAAUCGCCUCCUUCACAAAUCCCGACCCCACCACGCAAAUUACCUACCACCUCCACCGCGCCCCUUCUUACAACCUUCUCGGAGAACUCGCGCAGCCCUAGCAUCGACACCACCGUUGAUAAUUUCUCUUCUUUACCCAAAGCAAGGACAUCAGAGCCGACGACUAGUUGGAGAGGACGGGGAUGACAGUCAAGUUGCGCUGGGACGUGAAAAUGAAUUUUCGGAGGGCAACAACGGGAUUGAGAAGGCAGAACGAUGCGUGUGCUGGAAUAGUGUAGGUCAUUACGACAACUUCGAUGCGUUUAUUGACAUUGGAAUAUUCUACAUCCCAAAACACAAUUCUAUUUCCGCAGACUGCAGAGAAUCAUGCGGCGAAAAUUUGGAGGACAUUGAAAUACGACCUCGCGAAUCCAUCCUCAAGUCCACAUCACCACGAUCAGUUGUACAACCACUGGAUGGGCUGAUGAUGCUUGCGCAGAUGCUUAAGCCGCGAUGA